CUUCUGCCAUUCUUCUCUUCCACAUAAAAAAGAAAAGGAUGCAAGAGUACCCAGUCAUCGUCGUUGGAGCAGGUCCCUCCGGCCUUGCCACCGCCGCCUGCCUAAACCAACACUCAAUACCUUACAUACUUCUCGAAAGAGAAGACCGUUUUGCCUCUCUCUGGACCAAAUACUCCUACGACCGUCUCCACCUCCACUUACCUAAACAAUUCUGCACUCUCCCCCACAUGCCGUUUCCGGCCUCUUUUCCGACGUAUGUUUCGAAAUACCGAUUCAUAGAGUACCUUGACAGUUACGUCUCUCACUUCAAAAUCAGUCCUCUGUACCGGAGAUGCGUUGAGGAGGCCAGCUUCGAUGAGGGGAGCAAAAAAUGGGUAGUGAUGGCCAGGAACUUAAGCUCCGGCGAGGUGGAGAAAUAUUCCGGGAGGUUUCUGGUGGUGGCAACUGGAGAAACAAGCAACCCUUACACGCCGGAGAUCGAAGGACUUCAUACUUUCACCGGAAAUGUCCUCCAUUCGACUCUAUAUAAGAACGGAAAGGGGUAUAGUGACAAGAACGUUCUGGUUGUUGGGGCUGGCAAUUCCGGCAUGGAGAUUGCACUUGAUUUAGCGAAUCACGGUGCCAAAACUUCCAUUGUUGUCCGCAGUCCGGGUCAUGUUCUUUCAAGAGAAAUGAUUUACAUGGGAUUGAUCAUGUUGAAGUAUUUUCCAGCUAGCAUGGUGGACUCAUUGAUGGUAUUGCUUAGCAAAUUUGGGUACGGAGACCUGACCAAGUUUGGUAUUAGCAGGCCUAAAGAAGGCCCAUUUUUCAUGAAAGUUGCGUAUGGCAAGUACCCAAUAAUUGAUGUGGGUACCCUAAGCAAGGUCAAGUCCGGGGAGAUUCAGGUGUUGCCAGCGAUAUCAAGCGUGAGAAGCAAUAAUGUUACAUUUGUGAAUGGGAAGACACAUCCCUUUGACACAAUUGUUUUCUGCACUGGCUUCAAGAGGUCUACAAAUAAAUGGCUUAAGGGGGAUGACUAUCUACUGAACGAUGAUGGGAUUCCCAAGCACGAUUCUCCUGACCAUUGGAAAGGGAAGAAUGGGUUAUACUGUGUCGGAUUGUCAAGGAGAGGGUUGCAUGGUGCAACUGGUGAUGCCCUGAACAUAGCUGAUGACAUUAAGUCGCUUCUGUGAUGAAAGUCUGGAAAAAUAAGAGACUGCCUUGAUUGCUAGCUUCUACUCUGUAUUUGGAAUAUGUUAUUGUUGGAUUUGUUACAUUUUGGAAGGUUGAGGUCCAGAGAGAAGGAAAAUACGUACACUUUAUAUUCUUGUGUCUAGGCUUUUGUCAACAAAUGUGUGAGAUGCAUUGAUGCAAGACAAGUAGAAAAUAAAAUAAGAGAAU